UCUCUCUCUCUCUCUGUGUGUGUGUGUGUGUGAGAGGGUGAGAGAGAGAGUAUAAUUUUUCUCAUUCAGGUUAUACACCCUGAUUAGUGCUAUGUGUUAGUCAAGAGGACGUAUCAGGCUUGCUUUUUUGCUUUAUCUUCCCUCUGCCCCUGCUGUCUUUUCUUUAGCUCUAACUCCCUCUCCCUCUCUCCCUCUCUCUCUUUUGCUCUCUUGCCCCCUCCCUCCUUUUCUCUUUCCUGGGAUGUUUGUCGAAGAGGUAGAGUCAGUGCACUUGUUGAUAGUGGACCAGUCCUGUCAAAGCGAUCAGACAACCUGAGACUUCCAGGAACUGAGGGGAGAUUAACCCCGACAGACCUAACCAGGGAUAGAGCUCUGUUUUGGAGACACACACACACACACACACCACAAACAUUCAGUACACUCAGUUUGUCUGAAUUGUCAUUGCACAUCAGGGAUGCGAGCUAUGGAGACUGAAGGAUAGUGUUCGUCUUUGUUUAACUUGAUGGAACUACCUGGACACUGACAUUUGGGAUAUUUAUUCAUUCAUGCGCGAGGAAAUUUUAACCGUAUCUUCCGAAGUUUGAAUGGUGUGGAUUAUAUCGGAGGAGGAAGAGGAGGACGGAGGCACAGAUCAACUUUUUAUUUUAUUUGUUUCACCAAACCUUUGGAAAAUUCACUUUAUCACCUUGGGUGUGGAUUAUUGAAGGCGACAGAGGAAAGAGGAAAUUUUGGAUGAUUUUUGUUGAGCCCCAUCGGAUAUUCACUGAUUUAUUUCCCACUGCUUAGAUAAGUGUGUGGUCAGCAUCUGUGUGGGUCAUCCGGCUAAUAUCCAGAGGCUCUGUGUGUGUGUGUUUGUGUGUGUGUGUGUGUGUGAGAGAGAGAGAGAGAGAGAGAGAGAGAGAGAGAGAGAGAGAGAGAGUUUAUGCAUGCCCAACUUUAUGUGUAGAUGCCAAACAGCAGGAGUUGACGUAACUUGUGUGACACACUCAUCUCUCAUUCCUUUAAAUAUAAAAUAGGGAUUUUCUCAAUUGACUCAUCAAAGGCUAGUUAGUCGUGGAGCUAUUUGUGCAUCUUUGGUACUGUCUGGAUUCUGAGCGAGCCCAUUGGCAGGUAUGACUGUGAUGGAUAAGUAAGCUGACACAAUCCAGUGGAUUAUUAAAAGAUUACCGGUGACCCUGUCUAUUUUGUCCUGGGAGGCGAGAUGAAGAGGAGGAAAGAGAGAGCAGGGGCCCCAAACCUUCGACUCCAAAUCUGGUCGCCGGCUCAGCUGCGUUGCCACGGUAACAGCAGCCUCCUCCAGCACCUGCUGUCCCCCACUUCCUUUUAUCCCUCCAUCAUUCAGCCCCCUGUCAUCCUGCUCUCUCCCUCUGUCCCCUGUCCCUCUCCUUCCCCCUGUUCCUCCGAUGGUCCUAUGUCCGCUCCAGUGCACCAGGGAGGAAACCCCUUCCUCUGGAGCUGUCGGACCAGCAACAGGAAAAGUUUGAUUGUGACGUCCAGCACCUCCCCAACCCUGCCGAGACCACAUUCUCCCUUACAUGGACACACAGGUACCAGCCCACUGGACAGCCCUCGCAAUUUCUCCCCCAACACAGCUGCACAUUUCUCUUUUGUUCCUGCACGCAGUCACGGACACAGGGCUGACAGAACGGAUGGGAGACGUUGGUCUUUGGCUUCUCUGCCUUCCUCUGGCUAUGGCACAAACACUCCCAGCUCUACAGUCUCGGAGAAGCUGCACCAGUUGCCCUUCCAGCCCACGCCAGAUGAGCUGCACUUCCUCACCAAGCACUUCAGCUCCGAGAGCAUCACAGAUGAGGAGGGACGACGCUCCCCCGCCAUGAGACCCCGCUCACGCAGCCUCAGCCCCGGGCGGUCGCCCAUCUCCUUUGACCAUGAGAUUGUGAUGAUGAACCAUGUGUACAAGGAGAGGUUCCCCAAGGCAACUGCUCAAAUGGAGGAGCGGCUGGCUGACCUGCUGUCCUCCUCGGCCCCGGACAAGGUUUGCCCGCUGGCCGACGGGGUCCUGAGCUUCAUCCACCAUCAGCUGAUAGAGCUGUCCAGAGACUGCCUGGAGAAAAGCCGAGACGGCCUCAUCAGCUCCCGCUACUUCUAUGAGCUCCAGGAGAACCUGGAGAAGCUGCUGCAAGAUGCUCAUGAGCGCUCAGAGAGUGUGGAGCUCACCUUCGUCACACAACUUGUCAAGAAACUAAUGAUUAUCAUCGCCCGGCCUGCGCGCCUGCUGGAGUGUCUGGAGUUUGAUCCUGAGGAAUUUUACCACUUGUUGGAAGCAGCAGAGGGCCAUGCCAAGGAAGGCCAGGGCAUCAAGUCUGACAUCCCCAGAUACAUCAUCAGCCAGCUGGGCCUCACUAGGGACCCUCUGGAGGAAAUGGCCCAGCUGAGCAGUUAUGACAGCGGCAACCCAGACACACCAGAGACCGAUGACUCAGUCGAUAGUCGAGUAACAACAGUCCCAGCGCCACCGCCACAAACUAAAACCAAAACACCUCGAGAAGAAGACUUUGAGAACAUCAAGCUCAUCAGUAAUGGAGCCUACGGCGCUGUGUUCCUCGUGCGUCACAAGGAGACCCGGCAGCGAUUUGCCAUGAAGAAGAUUAACAAGCAGAACCUGAUCCUGAGGAACCAGAUCCAGCAGGCCUUUGUGGAGCGGGACAUCCUGACUUUUGCUGAGAACCCCUUCGUUGUCUCCAUGUUCUGUUCUUUUGAGACCAGGAGACACCUCUGCAUGGUCAUGGAGUAUGUGGAGGGUGGUGACUGUGCCACACUGCUGAAGAACAUAGGAGCUUUGCCAGUUGAUAUGGCACGCAUGUACUUUGCUGAGACUGUCCUGGCAUUGGAGUACCUACAUAACUACGGCAUCGUACACAGAGAUCUCAAACCUGACAAUCUUCUGAUCACCUCUAUGGGCCACAUUAAGCUGACAGACUUUGGCCUCUCUAAGAUCGGUUUGAUGAGUCUAACCACAAACCUGUAUGAAGGACACAUAGAGAAAGACACCAGAGAGUUCCUGGAUAAACAGGUGUGUGGCACUCCAGAGUACAUUGCCCCGGAGGUGAUUCUUCGUCAGGGCUAUGGGAAGCCAGUGGAUUGGUGGGCUAUGGGAGUCAUCCUCUAUGAGUUUCUGGUGGGCUGUGCUCCCUUCUUUGGGGAUACACCAGAGGAGCUGUUUGGACAGGUCAUUAGUGAUGAGAUCAUCUGGCCGGAAGAGGAUGAGGCUCUUCCUCAGGAAGCUCAGGACCUCAUCUCCAAACUGCUGAGACAGAACCCACUGGAAAGAUUGGGCACAGGGAGUGCAUUUGAGGUGAAGCAGCACGGUUUCUUCACAGAGCUGGACUGGAACAGCCUGUUGAGGCAGAAGGCAGAGUUCAUCCCGCAGCUGGAGUCUGAGGAUGACACCAGCUACUUUGACACUCGUUCUGACCGGUACCACCAUGUGGAUUCAGAGGAAGAAGAUGACACCAACGAUGAUGAACAUGUAGAAAUACGACAGUUCUCCUCCUGCUCACCUCGUUUCAGCAAGGUAUACAGCAGUAUGGAGCGUCUGUCGCUCCAUGAGGAGAAAAGGACUCCUCCUCCCACUAAGCGCAGCCUCAGUGAGGAGGGCAGCGAUCGCAUCGACAGCCUCAGUGGGCUCAAGUCCAGAGACCGCUCCUGGCUGGUGGGAUCUCCAGAGAUCCUGCGCAAGCGUCUGUCAGUUUCAGAGUCGUCGCACACAGAGAGUGACUCCAGCCCCCCGCUGACAGUGCGUAGACGCUGCUGCUCCGCCAUCAUUGAGAUGCCUCGCUUUGCCAUCUCCUCCGAGGAAGAAGGGUCGGGCGGCACAGGGCAAGGUCCAGCAGGAAGUCGUAAGAGCCCCAGCUUGCUUGGCCAGAGUGCAGUGAGAGGCCCACGCUCUGAGGAGCUUCCCCUGUCCAUCCCAGAGCUGCCAGUGGAGAGGGAGCUGAAGCUGGACGAGUCACCCACCACGCCGGGGUCAACCUCCAGUCAGCUCAGCAGAGCCACACUCACACCGGGGAGUUCAGGUGACGUGUGCGAUCGCAGUAAUGGCAGUACUGGUGGAGGCGUUUCAGCAACGGGAGAUGGCAGCUCUGCGUCAACUCCCAAGGCCAUCAGUGACCUCGCAGCUCGCAGGGCUCGCCACCGACUGCUGUCUGGAGAUGGAGACAAACACACAAGCACCCCCAGCUCAAGACCGCUGAACAAGGUUAUCAAGUCAGCCUCCGCCACAACGCUGUCCCUCAUGAUACCUGCAGACCAUCACGGAGCUUCUCCAUUGGCCAGCCCGAUGUCGCCUCACUCUCUGUCAUCCAAUCCGUCGUCUCGGGACUCCUCCCCGAGCCGGGACUUGUCCCCGGCUGUGUGCAACGUCAAACCUGCCAUAGUUAUCCACAGAGCAGGCAAGAAGUACGGCUUUACCUUGAGGGCCAUCCGCGUCUACAUGGGCGACUCUGACAUUUACACCGUACACCACAUGGUCUGGCAUGUGGAAGAAGGGGGUCCAGCCCAUGAGGCGGGGCUGAGGCAGGGAGACUUAAUUACCCAUGUCAAUGGAGAGCCUGUCCAUGGUCUGGUUCACACUGAGGUGGUUGAACUCAUACUUAAGAGCGGUGCCAAGGUGUCCAUCUCUGCCACCCCAUUUGAGAACACCUCCAUCAAGGUCGGCCCAGCCCGCAAGACCAGCAACAAGUCCAAGAUGGCACGACGCAACAAGAAGACCAAGACCAAGGAGGGACAGGACAGCAGUAAGAAGAGAACGUCCCUGUUCAGGAAAAUCACCAAGCAGGCGUCUCUCCUCCACACCAGCCGCAGUCUGUCCUCUCUCAACCGCUCUCUCUCCUCUGGGGAAAGUGGCCCUGGCUCGCCCACACACAACCUGUCACCACGGAGUCCAACACAGGGCUACAGGUCCACUCCAGACUCUGCCCACUCUGUUGGUGGAAACUCGUCCCAGAGCAGCUCCCCAAGCUCUAGCGUCCCAAACUCCCCUGCCAGCUCUGGUCACAUCCGGCCCAGUUCACUCCACGGCCUGGCCCCAAAGCUUCAGCGCCAGUACCGCUCUCCCCGACGAAAAUCUGCCGGCAACAUCCCCCUCUCCCCUCUGGCCCGCACCCCUUCACCCACCCCGCAAAGCAGCUCGCCACAGCGUUCUCCAUCACCGCUCCCUAGCCAUGCCCUGGGGCAGUCCACUGUGGGCCAGUCAUUUCCCGUAAAGCUCCACUCCUCCCCUCCCCUGGUGAGGCAGAUCUCCAGACCCAAGAGCGCCGAGCCUCCGCGCUCGCCACUCCUCAAGAGGGUGCAGUCGGCCGAGAAACUGGCCGCCUCCCUCUCUUCCUCUCCCUCUUCCCCAUCAGGAGUUGGGACAGCGGGGGAGAAGAAGCUUCCAGUAGGGGUGGCGGUUGGGUGCCGUAAACACAGCCUGGACAUCUCCCAUUCAGAGUUUAAGAAGGAGAUGCUGCAGAGGGAUCCUAGCCUACAGAGCCUUCAGGAGUCUGCCAGUGAGGGCCUGCUGUCUUCAGCAGGGCGUGGCGUGGAGAAGGGCAGCCUGCAGAAACACUCCUCAUCCUCCAGGAAGCUGGGGCGACAGGAGGGAGACGGGGCCCUCAGUGCAGUGUCUGGCUCACUGGGCCUGACCGCCGGGAAGAGCAAGCUGAAGGACAAACUGUCAGCCAUCAGGCAGGACAGAGCCGAGCGGAGGGAAUCGCUGCAGAAGCAGGAUGCCAUACAUGAGGUGGACUCAUCUGAGGAUGAGACCGAUGAGGGAUCAGAGGACAGCCAGGACGGACGCAGGGGGACCACCUUCACCCCUCCUCCCCUGCUGCGGCCCACCACCGUCCGAACUGGUCCUGGGGGCACACUGCCAUCUCUCUGCCUCUCGCCGUGCUCCUCCCAUGCCACAUUCUCACACACGGGUCCCUCGCAGUUGGGCAAAUCCACUACAUCACACACGCUCCCCUCUGUCACAGAGACCAAGCUCAGCGAGCAGAAGCCCAGUCAGAGCACAUCCUCUCCGGGAGCGAAGGAUGGGAGCUCAGCCUCGUCCACGGCAGACAGCGUACGACAAGAUAGGAAGGGUCUGGCACCAAUCAAUGCCACCAAGCCCACCCAGGGCCCACUUCCCUUCUCCACUCCAGGCAGUGCAUUCAUCUCAGUCAGCAAGGAGCCCUUCCUCAAGCCGGCUCCUCCUCAGGACUCAAGGGGCCUCAGGGCGAAGAGCGGUCCAUCAGAGCUUAGACCUGAGGACCGAACCCUAAACAGCACUAAAGCCACUACCCAUUCAACCACCCUCACCUCGGCUACCACCACCACCACCACCACCACCGCCACCACGACCCCUGAUAGCCGAGAGGCAGCACGCACAUCUUGCUCUUCUCCAGGCAUCCCAAAGGAGAAGAAGGAAGCAGACAACCGAAGACAAGCCCAGAACAUGGCUGCUGCCGCUGCUGCCGCUGCUGUAACCCUGAGUGCAUCCUCCACCUCCAGCUCCAGCUCCAGCUCCUCAUCCCCUGCCCCUGAGAGUGGCGUAGACAAAGUGGUUUCCCAGCUUGCAACAGUAGCUAAGAGUGUUUUGGGCCCGGUCAAGCUCAGCACCCCUACAGACAAGACCUCUAAGGAUCAGAAACCAUCCAGAGGUAGCACCCCAGAAGUCCCGCCCGCUGACCCCCUCUCCUUCCUCUCCAAACAGCCUGCAAGCCCUCAGCCAUCACCUCGCCUGUCAGGGUCUUUAGCCAGACAGAAAACUGAGCCAGUCGCCUCCCCAACCCCUCCACAGAGGUUCACCAGGUCCUCUACCCAGAAAGAGAGCACAGCGCCAGUGCAGGCAUCCAGCAAGGACAUCCCAGAGAGGCCCACACCGGGGUCCCACGGCGCUGCGAGUAGGGAGAACGCCACCACCUCUGCAACUGCACUGAGGCCGGGGGCGACAACUGCUCAGCCGGCCCCAAACACCAACCCCUCCACCUCGUCAGCAUCUGAGCCGCAGCGCAAGAGGUCCGAAUCUCAGACACCCGCCGCUAUAUCCGCCUCGUCGCAACAAAACAAAGACAAAGCAACCAGCAAGAAGACGUAGCAGCAAAAGCAAUGAAACAGAACAAAUGCACAGAUCGUACCACUUAAUGCUGGCUUGAGAUUUUAAAACUCACACAAACUGCAUGUUUGGAAGAAAAAUGACAUAUUAGUACCUUCACACUAAUCCGAUAGUAUGACUGUCAAAUCAAACAAAAGCUGGAACAAGGGAGUGCAAGAGUUACCAGAGGUGGAAGGAAAAGAUGGAUAUGGUAGUUCUGGUUCCAUUCCGGUUCUGUGCUGUUUGUGUUAGCGUUAUGGCUGCCAUUUUGGUGUCCUGACUGUGUUGUUCUCCUUUGGUUCCUGCGUUCAGACUCUGACUGAUUGUCAUGAGAAGUUGCCGUUAUUUCUCUCUCUUUUGUGCAAAGAUGUAUGGGGCUAGAAAUAAAGAGUCCAGCGGUCCAUGCACACACAACCGAAACGUGGACAGAUUAGACACAUUCUCUCUCGCUAAUGGUCUUUUCUUCUUGUACUGCCUCAUUACCUUUCACCUUGAAGUUCUCCAGAACCCACGUGUGUGUGUUUCUCACGAGUAGAUCAGGACGUGCCUUACAGAAUACACUCCUUUUUUCUGCCCCUUCUCUGCUCCCGUCCUCCUUUCCCCAACAUGUGUAGCCAUGUGUAGCCAGCCAUGACCGGAAAACGUUGUAUCUCAGCAAUAAAGAGCAGCGUAUGCUUAGCAAUCUGUGUAAAUGCAUUACAGUGUUUUUAAUAGGACGAAAUCUGCACCGCCAUCGUACACUCAGCACCUAACUAACUAGGGCAAAUUACAUUCUCCCCUCUCCCUGCUUUGGUCCCUAAUGAUCCAACGCUGCAAGCCUGCAGCAGAGUAGAUGUGCUGUAUUCCCUGGACAAGGAGUGUGUGCGUUGUUCAGAUGAGGCAUUGGCGGGAUCGCUAGGGUGCAGUAUUAGAUUACUGUUUGUGCUGACGUACCAAGUGGCAAACUUCCUGUAUGGUAACAAACACCGGCACACGGGCACCAAUCAGCAUUGACUUUCAGUGUUCCUCACCUAGCUGUAUGUUAAGCCCAGCAUGCACCUUUUAGCUCAGAUUUUAGCGUUAGUGAGGAUAGACAUCGGCUCUCGUUUGACCGCCCACUCACUGCAUGUCAAAAUGAGCCUGGCUUGCUCUCGUACCAAAAAUUUACACGGGCUCAACAGUGUUUUAGGUGCAUACACAUAAUCAUUACGGGUGGCAAAUAAAUCGAGCUAUGGAUUUGAAUAAAUGGCUGUUUUUUUCCCCUCCCUCAGCAUGUGCCCCUGCAAAGAACUAUCAAUAUUUCACAGUAUUUUAAACCCCUGUCCUUAAAACUCCCUUACCCAGACUCCUUUCUGGCCCAGUCACCUGAAACCUCAAAUAAACAUAAACAUGAAAAUCAGCCACUGGUUUACCACGUUUCCAUCCAACUGAUGUGAAGUUUGAGAGUCCAGGAUCCAAACUGAGUUAUCUUCGCUCUCACCGCGGCUCUUUUUCCAGUGGUUAACACUUGUGUCGGACCGCUUUCUUUUAUUUCUAGUCCCUGCUGUCUUUUUUUUUUUUUUUUUUUGAUCAGCCACUAAAGGUUGUUUUAUUUGGUAUCUGGACCAACUUGCUGUGUUCUUUCUGUGUUAAUGCCUCUAAUCCUGUAAAGUUCGCAGACUUUACUUUGUAUAUGCGUGUGAGUGAGGGAGACAGCAUUUGUUAUUUUGUAUGUGGUUGUCGAUGUAUAUAUAAGAAUAUUUAAAGUUCUGUUUUGCAUCUGUUUUAUACCCUGCAGUGUUGUGUUUGCGUGCGUGCGUGGGUGUGUGGGUGUGUGUGUGUGUGGGUUUUAGGGUAGACAUGGUUUAAGACACACUGCUACCCUGCUACCAAUGGAUGUAGGUGUAGCUAUACAGGUGUCUGUAUAGGGGGGCAGGCUUUGCACAACCCUUUUAUCUCAUUUGUCCAAUGAUUUUUUUUUUUUUUUUUAAGGAAAUUCAGUCCUAGUUUCUUGCUUUCAGACAGCUGAGAUGUUGAGCAGUGACUGCGCUAAGCACUCGAUCCAUUCACUGCUCGUUGUCCGAAAGAGUUGGAUUUCAAUUCACUGUUCAAUCAGUCAAUUGCCAAUGAUUGACAAAAUGCAUUUGUCCAUAUAGUUAAUUUCCUCAUGUUUUCUGUUUUGCGUAAUAAGGGCGUUUUUGAUACACCACUCUCUAUUUGUUAUUGUAAUGGAUAUUCCCUAAUUAAUGUGCUCCUCCAAUUAUUUCACGUUUUCUGUGUUGUCCUGGUCACAUUGACAGUUUGAAGCAAGUCCCAGUUCACAGAAAUGUUUGGAGGGGUUACAUUUUUUUUUUUGUUCUCAUUUCAAAGAAAAAAUAUCUUGCAGAAUUGACUAAAUUGAGUUGAUAUGUAUCGAACCCAACCCUGGUGUGAGUCCAUGCAUCCAGGUGUGCUCAGCUGUUGCUGCUUUGUUUCUUAAAAGCAGGAUGCUCCCCUCAUGAGUUUAAAAUGAACUCAAGCGUUUUGUGUCUGUCUUUAUACUGCGCUUGUUAUCACUGUGGGAGACAAAGCAGAAUGCUGCUGGCUGAGUUAACAUGCAGUAGUUCAGUUUCAUUAAAGAAACAUCUGGAUCACUUAAGGACGUCGGUAAACUGAGCGCUACAAUCUCGCAUCAGCACACUGACUGUGGCAAUCUCUGUAUUAUGUUUACAUGCUAUUGUUUUGGUUUUGAUUGUUUGUUUUUUUUUGUUUGUUUUUCCUCAAUGGAACUUGAUGCCUGUAGUAAUCAAACCUCAUAUUACAGGCUAUGGUAAUUACCAAGAGCUUUCUCACAUGUUUGUUACUUUGUAAUUGUAUCUGGUGUCUGUAUGUUUUGUUGAUCCGUUGUGUGAUGAAUCAGUCCUCCAUGAUAGAAGACGCUUGUGGUUGCAGCGGAAGGGGAGCGGGAGUCAGGACGAUUUGAUGCACAUAUGUCAAAAUCAUCUCUGCUUGUGCACACUCCUCUCCUCUCCGUGCCUGUGAAAUACAUUAGCAUGUGAGACUCUUGUGGAGAGGAAGCUGCUCCCAUCAUUUGUCACAGACUCAUCGAUGUUUAGAGGAUCUCGUUAUGAUUUAUCUGCAGUCCACCUCAUCCAAUCAGGCAGUCAGGAAGCCAGAGAGGAAGACCUCCUCCUCCUCUUCCUCCUCCUCCUCCUCCUCCUCUUCUCCUCCUCGCUGGCCAGGCGGUGUCACAUGGCUAAGGUGAUGUCACUUUUCUGUUCAGUGGCGUGAGAUUUAAACACAGUGGGGAAAGCCCACCCCGGUCCCUGUCUUUGUUGAUAAACCAGCUGCAUUGAACAUUAUUGGUGCACACAAACACACACACACACACACACACACACACACACACACCAGCUGACAAGUUUUGUCAACCACUACGGAUUUGAUAAUGACAGUGAUUCACUUUUAUUAUGCUGCUCAGAAUAGAAUAGGAGUUCUGGAUCCAUUGGCACCUCAGCAUCAGAAUUUCUAUUUUUGCUUCCUCACUAAAUGUGUGCUGUUGACUUAAGUCCCCAAAUUGCGAUCAUCUGUAUGUAAUUGGCGGCUGUGAUAACAGUCCAUGUAGCCUUUCUGUGUGUGUAUGUGUGUGUAUGCGUGUGAUUAUACACAAUCCAGCCCAUCUGCUCUCAGCUGGUCAUCCUAUUAGUGCUACAUGGACAGCUGCCUCACACACACUGAUCAAUUCCAGUGCCAUCUACCAGUGCCAGCUUUGCCACCUCCACUGACAGUAUAAACACACACACACACACAUGCACGCAAAUGCUUACUCCCGUGUGUAAAGAUUAUGGUCCAGCCAUCUGCCAGAGAGCAAAGUAAGUGUCAGUUUCCCUGGUGGAGUCAUUAAUCUCAAGCUCUGGGCUUCUGGUUGCAUGCACACUCACACAUACACACACACACACAUUCACAAACAUGUAUAGGGUCAUGUUAGCCAAUGAAACCGCUACCCAGGCUCCAUCACCUCAGAGGCCGUGUGUUGGGACUGGUCGGAGUAGCGUUCACGGCUCAGCGAUCGUACUCUGUUAAGUAUUUGUGUGACUCCCACCCUGAAUUCAUCCAUCACACCCGUGCGCUUCAUCUGGAAAGACUGAGCUUCUCCAUUUGUGUGGUUGACGGGACACACGGGCUUACAAACAUACCCACGUCUGAUUCCGGGCACAUAGGGAGUUGCCGCCUCUCGUCUCUAGGAACGUAGAUGAUUCCCACCUCGUAAGGUACUUGGUCAGCCUCGUUUCAGUGUAGGCUGUGUUAGGUUACACUGCAUCCACCUGUCAGCUUAAACAUGGAUUACUCCCACCUCCCAAGCCAUAUCUACACACCUCCUCAGCUAUCUUUACAUGAGAUUUACUGAUGUUUUAAUGUGCAGUAUGUUAAGCGUUUAAUUAUCUGUGUAUGGGAUGUUGAGCAGCAAAGACCAACUUUUAUUGACUUGACUCUUGCAGACUGGUAUCUGUGUGUGUGCGUGUGCGCGCGUGUGUGUUUGAGCGUGUGCGUUUGUCUCUUAAGAGUGACAACAGAGAGGGGAAUGGGAUUCAGCCAGUGCAUCAUUUAAAAAAGAAAAAAAAAGCUUGAGAAAAGGGGUUAAGAGAAAAAAAAAAUAACAUUGCUAGAGUAAAACCAGUGCAAUAUCUUUUUAUUUUUUAUUGUGGUAAAAGCAUGUUGUCGUUAAUCUUACCUUAUAACAAUAAAUAAAGUUGUUUUCUUUUUUUAUGUA